GAAAUAACGAAGCAAUUGAUGAUUUUGCUAAUCAAAUAAUAGAUGAUUAUUUUCGUAAAAUAAAGGAGAUGAAAGAGAAGCAACAAAAAGCUGCUGCUUUGGUUGACGAGUAUUAUAAUCAUGAUUACAGUAAAAUAUUUAAGAGUAAACAAUUGGAUAAAGCUGAACAAACAAGCAAAGAAGUUAGAAAAAUAAUUGAAAAAUUGUGGUACUUGAUCAAUAUUACAAUAAAUGUUUCUAAAUAUUUUACAACUGAUCCAACACCUUUUUAA